ACUAAAGGAGAUGGAAACGGUGGAGCCAGUCCCGGCGGUGGAUUUCAACUUCGACAGCACAUGUUCGUCUCCGUUCAUGACUGCUCCUUCAACUCCUCAACGCUUUGGCAAUUUCUUCCUCAGUGCUCCAGCCAGUCCCGCUCGCGUUUCUUCUAUUUAUCCCAAUUCUCAAAGGGAAGAAAAGCCUAUGAGCAACCACCAUGAUGGUAAUGACGAAGAUUUCGAGUUCAACUUCAGUGGGCAAUUAGAAGGAGCUUCCUUGUCCGCCGAUGAGCUUUUCGACGGCGGAAAAAUCCGGCCUUUGAAAUCCCAGCCAUGUCAUCAAUCUGUUCAUAAGAAAAGCAGAUCAUUGUCACCAUUAAGAGUAUGCGACCUCACGUUGGAGCAAGAAGAAGAAGAAGAAGCUUCAUCAAAUUCCCAGAAAACCACCAAGAGUAAUCCUAAAUCUUCCAUUCUCUCCUCCAUUUCGUUCACAAAAGUUAACAGAAAGUGGAAGUUGAAGGACCUUUUGUUGUUCCGAAGUGCAUCGGAAGGGAGAGCGGCGAGUAAAGAUCCGCUAAGAAAAUAUGCUCUUUUGUCGAGGAAAGUUCAGUCCGAUGACCUUAGAAAGGUAAGCUUCCGGUCAACUGAUAGUGUGGGUUCGGUGUCCCGGAGAGGAGUGGUUUCGGCUCACGAGUUGCAUUACACGGCGAACCGGGCUGUCAAGGAGGAGAUGAAGAAGAAGACCUUUUUACCAUACAAGCAAGGCCUCCUUGGAUGCUUGGGUUUCAAUCCUGGGAUGAACCAGAUUUCCAGGGGAAUUGGGUCUUUGACACGUGGAUGACCAUGAUUCAGUCAUCCUAUGCCACUUUUGUUGAUUCCCAAAGUUCCAUUCUUUUUAUGUUUACAUAAUUUUAUGGAUCACAAACCGUUAGUUU